CACGCCUCCAGCUAAAAUCUGACAGUAUCUAGCGUUGCUCCUUCACGGCAGAAUAGUAGGUGGAAGGGCAAGGCCAAGAAUAGAAGCAACGAUGAUGUGUCCAUAUGUAAACGUCCAUCUUUCCCUCCAAAUUUUGGCUAGAAGGAGUUGAAAUAGGUACCUACCCAAGGACCCAAAAUUCAUACUCCCAAACAAAUCAAUUCAAGAUCCUCCGUCCGACGGUCUACUCCUACAGUCACCCCCCAAACCGGCUGGGGUCAAUGUUUUCUUUGAGGCUGACUUUCUUGAUCUGCAUCACCUCACGAGCGGCUGGACAUCUUAGAAUAGAUGCAACCCACCCCGUCAGCUUACCGCCCUUAUGCUUGCAUCGACGGCGGUCAGGCGGUCAUCUACGACGGGAAUACUCUGUAUCUAAACCUUCACUCUUUUACCGACCAUAUGGCAUAGAGCACAAGAGAGAGGGGGUUGACAGAGCCGAAGCGUCCAUGCCAUCACAGUCAUCUUAACUCGGAUGUUGCGCGAUGAGAUCGAAUCAUCACCGAGGGGUAUUGCACGAACUCAAUACCAACAAUCAUCAAUACCUACUCCGUAGUCAGUCCUGUCGAAUGCCAGUCAACCAGAUAGUACGGGGUAUACCGUUGGAUUACUAGCUCGCUGCUCUGUGCCUCUACGAAAUAUGAGCAUGAAGAGGGCCCAACAAACAACCACAAGCUGAGGACGGGGAUUUGCUGAUGCAG